CCAUUCCACAUCAAGAUGCGUUUCUAUCUGCUCUUCUUUUUGGCCCUGAGCUGCUGCCUGCUGCACUUCUCCGUGGCUGGCGUGAAUUUGGUGCGCGGACUGGAGGCUGGCGGUCAUCAUCGCAACUCCACGGGCGCACCACCACCACGUGGUGCUCCUCCACCACCUCGAACCACCACCGCCAGCUCCACGGGCUAAAUGGAUGGGAAACACAGCAGGAGGCAGGAGAAAACUGACCAAAGCCCAUUGACGGACCAUUGAAAUGAACCCUAGCUUUUUAUAAUCCUUCACCUUCAAAAUAAAGAAAAUCGAUUGCAGCAAAGAAA